UCGUGUACAAUGGAUGACCAACAACUGUACAAGGCUACCCUUCCGGCCAACAACAGCGAGAGUCUGUACUACCAGCAAGUUCAAGUAAACAGUCAGGCUCUUAACCACAGCUAUGAGUCUGUGGACAUGAACGAGUCCUCCUCGUCCCCUCAUUUGUCACAGGAAUCCAUGGAUGUCACUGCCAGAACUAAAAAUACGGGACUGGUGGAUUCUGCCAGGCAAACCGGUUGGGUACAUUCUGCUUCAGGAAACAAUGUCGAGGGAAGGAUAAACUUGGGUAGCUACGAGCAAAGUUUGUCAUGGAGUUCCCAGCCCCAGAAUGAAAUUGCAGGUGCCUACCAGCUAGCAUAUUACCCGCAGCAAAAAGUCACCAGUGGUGCUUUGCACAAGUUGGACUCUUUCACACAGGUGUUUGCCAGACAGAACCUAAGAAUCCAGUCCUUAGCUCAAGGCGUCCAUGAAAAGCCAUCACCAAUGGAUACGGACAGUGCGUUAAGGCAGCUCCUGUCUCUGAAGCCUACAGCCGAGCAGCCGACUCUUGCAAACUCCGUGGAUCGAUAUCAACAGGCUCCCCAGCAAAUGCAGCAGAACUUAGGGAACCAACAGCAAAAGCAUCAUCCGCAAGCCCUGCCGCAUCCUCAGCAGAACUAUUACUAUGACUAUCCGCAGCACGUAAGUCAAAUACAGUCACAGUUAAUGCAGCAAGGGCAGCAGUUUGUUCAGCAAGUGCAGCCUCACCAGGCUUUGCAGCAGCAGCAGACGCAAUAUUACAUGCACCCUUCUCAGUCAGGAGAGCAGCGGGUUGCCGUUCAAGAAAUGCAGCAGCAGCAGGUGCUUUCAGGUCAGAUGUCUCAGUAUUACCAGGUUGGGGCAGCUGGAGCCGAGAUGCAUCGAGCUAUGCAGCAACAACAGAGCCGUCGCAUACCGGUGCAAACCCAGUCUUAUCACAGGAAUCACAGCCAAGCAGCUGCGCAUUACCCACAGGAGCCGCCUCGCUCCAUGCAGCUGAUCCAGUUGGGUGCAGUGCCUCAGUAUGUCUACCCGAACUCUCAGCCUUUUCAUCAGCUGUACAAGCAGAACCUAUUGGCACUGGAGCAACAGAUGCAACAAGAGGCCAGCCCGCAGAAGCCGUACCAUGGCGAGAGCCGGACGGUUCUGAUGGACGCUGCAGCGGGGCUCACAGACACGUUAGAUAGUUAUAACGGUGAGGAGACCGCUGUAAUGGGAAACCCAACUAACCUGCAUUCAUCUCAAGAAGCCUCCUACCUGGUCAACAGUCACGGCCCUCAUCAAUCUCCCGACGCAGCAUGGCCGCAGCACAUGGCAGAUGCUCAUUCUCAGACAUCGUCUCCAGAUCCUAGUAGGAGCCUGUGCCCCGAAAGGCCCGAUUCCCAGACUCGACUCCAGUGCUCAGUCUGCUUUAAGGAAUUCAGAAGUCUUCCUGCCCUCAAUGGACACUUACGGUCUCAUGGUGGAUCGAGGACCUCGUCAGUCGUAAAACAAGAGGAAGGAGAGAAGAAGGAGGCUAGCGAGGUGGAUAGCCUCACCCCAAUCGUCAUGCCUGUGUCUGUUCCCGUGAAGCUUGCACCGUCUGAGCCUAGCGCACAGGUCAACUGCAGUGCGGACAAGGACCAGCCCGCGAGCUUCGUGUCUGACGACGAAAUGCCAGUUCUAACAAGGAUGAGUUACUCCCCGCAAUCCUCCGUCAAGGAGGCCAGCCCAUGCGCACCUCCUGAAAUUGCCAGAAAACUUCAGCUGGGUGCCUCGAAGUCAUUUCAUCCAGAAGAAAGCCUCAAGCCUCAGCCAGAAAGGAGAAAGUACCGGCACAGACCAGAACCACUCUUCAUACCCCCACCUUCCUUCAAUAUGAACGUGUCUUUCUCAGGAGCAACACUGUACCAAAGUCAGCUGCGCUCCCCCCGCGUCAUGGGUGACCACCCGCUGCUCAGAACCCAUGAACUGCCGACCUAUACCCCACCUCCCAUGCUUAGUCCUGCGCGGCUGGGGUCAGGCCUGUUCAGCAGCGUCAUCACAGCUUCUCACAAUGAACACCUCCCUCUCACCCCUCCAACACCUACUCCCAGGGUGCUUCUCGGUCGACCUAACAGCAUAGAUGACGGCGGUGCUACCGUAACACCGGGACCCGGAGAGAAGACAGUGGACGUUGAACCGCGGAUAAACAUUGGCUCAAGAUUCCAGGCAGAAAUUCCAGAACUCAAGGGUCCAUCGUGUCUGGGGAAGGAGCAGCACAAAGCAACUUUGGUUUGGAAACCAUGGCCAGAUCUGGAGAACAAAGAAUCCCAACAAAGAGUGGAAGUGUUCCUGAGUAUGUCUUGUUCCAGUGUGCUGCCCGGAGGUGGAACCAACUUGGAAUACGCCUUGCAUUCUCUUUUCCAAGCUAACGGUAACGUCUUGAGUGCACUGGAAAUGCUGCUUUUGGGAAAACCACUAAGACUAAAAGAUCAUCCAUUAGCGAAUUAUCACUAUGCAGGUUCAGACCGGUGGACCUCUACAGAAAAGAAGAUUUUUAAGAAAGCAUUAAACACCUGCAACAAAGAUUUCUUCCAUGUCCAAAAGAUGAUUAAAUCAAAGACUGUGUCGCAGUGUGUUGAAUAUUACUACACCUGGAAAAAGAUCUUACACAUGGGCCGGAGACAUAGAUCACGCCAUGCUGAUGGUAAUGAAGAUGACACAACGAGCGUCGACGAUCUGGAGGAAGAGGAAGACACGGAUGAUAGAAAAUAUGAAGAGGAGGUCGAACCGGCGCAAAAAUCCCCGGAACUGCUGCCCCCGACGGACCUGGAUCAGACGGCACCGCCUGCUCUUGGCCCCCCAAGCGGCUCGUUUGUCUGUGAAAUGGGAAAUUGCGGGGCAAUAUUUUGCUCCAGACAAGCUUUAAACGGUCACGCUCGUAUUCACGGAGGAACAAAUGUACCGGCCAAGAUAGUACCGGCCGCAGCUUCUGCGAAACAGAAGUCGAGCAACGCAAGCGGAUACUGCUCUGUGAAAAGCUCCCCGGCACACAGCACCACCAGCGGGGAGACAGACCCAGCCACCAUAUUCCCCUGCAAAGUGUGCGGCAAGGUAUUUUUCAAGAUCAAAAGCCGGAACGCGCACAUGAAAACUCACAGACAGCAGGAGGAACUGCAGCGACAGAAGGCCCAGAAAGCAGCAGAGGUGGCAGAUGCAAUAACGAGGACCAUAGUCAUCAAUCCGGUUCCUGGCGAGCACUGCAUGAUCCCCUUCGACCGCCUGAACCUGAUUAAAGCUAUAGAGCAGGAGUUUGAUGAUGUCGCCCAAGACUUAGAGGAUGUCUUGGAGGAGACGCAGGUCAUGCACUCCGACCUCCUCCUAGAUGAUGAAGAUGUAGAUUUGCUGCAGGAUGCUACAGAUCUGUAGGUGAAAUACUCAGCACCCAUUGUAUGCACCGGGGCGAGCAAAGAACAUGCUAGGAGCUGUAGUAGGUUGCAUGACCACGAUGCUCUUUAAAGAUUAAAUUCUGCAAAGUAUCAAGAAAACCAAAGAAGGUUUUAUAUUCAAGGGAUUUGGACAUCUAUUCCUACGAGGAUUGUAUAGAAUGACAGCGCUAGGAAAUAUGGCCUCCCAUUCUGUAAGGGAAGCUGCAAUGGGAUGAAUAAGCGAGUCUUUACCCGUUUUCUGGAGCACUUCAUUGCAAGCUAUCCAGCACACCUUAACCACUUAAUAAAGUGCACUUUGAAAGAGUUUAUGGGAUUAAAUCUUGACUUUUAGCUACUUCGGA